CGAUAAUUUGUAUUUAACGUAUGAAAAAUUAGUUUUACUAGAAUCUUUAUAUAAAUAUAAAACGUUGUGGCGUUAAAGCAUUGUGGCGUUGAUGUCAAAUAUAAUAAACCUGGUUUAGAAAAGCCUACUUGAUUGGUAGUACUAUAGGCUAAUAAUGUGAGUAUUUACAUGCACCCGAUUGAAAGCGCAGCGUUUGUAAACUUCAUAAUUCAUUCCACAUGUGUACGAUGACAAAAAGGUCAGGAGCGAUAAGAUUAGGCCGCUUCAUUCGACAUGGCGCAGGUUCAUCACAGAGGCGCCGGGCCUUUGUCUUCUUAAAGGUCUCUGACGCACAGCAUCCGCGAGCCCCUAUAAAACACGCAGCAGGGCAAGAAGAGGUUAGGAGAUCUCUCUGACCGGCGAGGAGCGCAGAGAAACACUUACAGCGACUCUUAACUCUCUCAGGCGGUCAUGUGCAAAGCUGCAGUACUCGCGCUCGGCCUGCUGGCGGCGCUGCUGGGCGGCGCUCGGGCCGCGGACGGACACCCGGUCUACGGCGUGAAGCUGUGCGGCAGAGAGUUCAUCCGGGCGGUCAUCUUCACCUGCGGAGGCUCGCGGUGGAGGAGGUCUCUGGACGUGUCAGGUGACCUCUCCAGUGAUCUGCUCUCUGCUCAUGACGACGAGGCCUCUGACAGCUGGGCCUCAACCCCCAUCGGCCCCGGACUCCCCUACAGACCCCGGCCCGAAGCAGAGGCCCCUGCCUGGACGGGAGAGGGCCAGCAGAGCCCCGCAUACAGCCGGCCGGUCCGCUCGCUCAUCUCAGAGGAAGUGCUGGAGGCCUUGCGCACGUCAGACAGGAAGGGGCGGGACGUCGUGGUCGGGUUGUCCAACGCGUGCUGUAAAUGGGGCUGCAGCAAGAGCGAAAUCAGCUCGUUAUGUUAAAGGACCGCUCGAUCCCUUUUCCCCUGUCCUUCCUCGCCUCCGUCGCUCCGACCCGAGGAACGAAGGUGGAGAGAUUGUUGAAGUCCGUUCCUAUGAAAUACCGAAAUGCAUGCGUAUCAAAGAUGUCGGAAUAGCAGGUUUUAGCCGAAGUGAAGAGCCAGUUUGACAGUCGCUCAUCUCCGUUCUUGUGAUUAUCUUGUAUGGUAACCGGUUUAAUAAUAGCAAACUGGAAUAAAGUUUUGAUUGCGAUA